AUGGAAAAUGAUAUAUCAGUCAUAAUAGAACUAUUGGAGUCUCAAAAUGCAAAACAAAUCAAUAAAGGUUUAAGUUUACUAGAGAACCUACUAAGGAACUUGUUACCAACAAUUGAAAAUUCAUUCACAACCAUUCACGCUUCAAGAUCAAGUAAUACACAACAAUCACAACUUAAUCAAUUCUUAAGUCUUCAAGACAAUUUUAGCUAUAACUUGACCUCAGUUUUAAUUAGUAUAUAUAAUCAACGUUUAUCAACAGAAGAAAUACUAUCAUGUAAUAAGUUAAUUCAAGGUUUGCUUCUACUACAUCCUCAAUCAAAGACAAUAUUCAACAAGAAACAAAACAUGAAACUUAUUCUAAAUUUAUUAAAGUAUAAUUCUUCAAAUCAAAAUCAAAAUUUGAAUAUUAUAAUAUCAACAAUAUCUACAUUAAUUCAUAUAUUAAUCAAAAACUACAAAAAUUAUAGAAUAUUUGAGAGUUUGAGUGGUUGUAAAUUAAUUAUUGAAAAUUUGAAACUAAAUUCAAUAAAUGAUCUAACUUUGAAUGAUACAUCAAAAAAUAAUUCAUUAUCAAUUAUUCAACAAAAUUUAAAUUUUAAAAUUAUUGAAUUUUUAAUGUUUUAUACUAUUGAUGAAAUAGAUAAUCCUGAUCCAAAAUCUCUAGAAGAAAAAAUUUCAUUCUUUAAGGAGGAGUUCCCUGAAAUUGAUUCGUUAGUUGAAAGUUUGAAUGAAUUAAUUAAUUUAUAG